CAGUUACACAAUGUCCUUGCAGCCAGUACUGGGAAGGUUAAGAAACAUCUUGGCACUUGGAGUUCAAGCAUCCCACUCACAAGGACUCUCCUUGGCUCACUGUUUGCACUUACUGUAUCUCAGAGAGGGAGAUGUUCUUCUUGCAGAAGGGCCUCAUUCUAUUACUUGUUAUGGGAAGCAGUUUCCUGGCUCUGACAGCCAUGAUCACAGAUUACUGGGCCACAAUCCCCUCCAAAUCUCUGCACAUGGGCCUCUUCAGGAUCUGUGAUCAGCACAAGAGCUGCAACUCCCUCGUGGGCACAGACAACCCUAAAAAUCUCCUCAUCGCCGUUUUUGUCAUCGGAAUGUUCUUCUUGCUGCCCUGUGGGAUCCUGGAAGUCUGGUAUGCGAGGAAGGGGAGAUUAGGGACCCUUCUGUUUGUUGGGGCUAUAUCCUGCCUACAAGUGAUACUGACAUUCGCUGGAGUGGUCAGCGGCGCCGUCCUCAUUUCUGAUUUUCUAAAAAUGGAGGUGUUUUAUUUCUCAUGGUCUUUUGCGCUGGGCUGGAUCUCUGUGAUUAUCUCUGCGGCUCUAGUGGGCCUGAGUUUUUACAUCAACAAGGUGGAGCCGCGUUCUCAUUCACCCACAGGAACAGAAGGACCGGUGGCUAAUGAAACCAACCGAGAGGUACAAGUGGCCGUCAUCCCAGUCCCAGAGACCACAGUGUGUGACCUCCCAGUUCAGCUAAACCCAAGCAUAUGAGACACUCUCAGCUCCAUCAUAAGAAGGUCCUGGAGGGGCCACUGAUAAUGGAGGAAGGCCUUUCCCUUGAUCCACCAUUUUGUGAUCAUGGGAUCAGCUGACAGGAAAUAAUACAGCUCUAACUGUAACAGGAAGUAGUGUGGAAGCAAAAGGCAGAACUCUGCCCAUUCAUUGGCUGAUGGGGCCUAGCAUGUAUGUGUGCCUUGGCUUGUUUG